GUGCUACUUUGCCAAGCACCACCACACGUCCCAGGAAGCCGAUGAUGUUGGCAUGGCAGCUGCCGAUGUGGGUGAGAAGUUCAAUGCCCAGCUAUUAGGUUGCGUCGCAGACCCGAAGCGGGGCUCCGAAAACACCUGCACGGAGGACACUCGUGUGGACAAGCAAAGGGCGGCCUUUCCGCUGGUAGUUCCGGACUGGCAAGGAGGGGUCCAUGCGGAACUACUUCUGAGGCUGAUCCGGAGUGAUGGCCCACAGUGGCUACCAUCAGAGGUCGAACCCUUGGCACUUCGUCGGGGUGCGCCAAUGGUCAGCGAUGUCCUUGUGCAUUUGUCAGGUGAGCUCGAAGACGACCAACGCGAGGAACUUGUCGAACAAAGCGUAAAUUCCGUAUGA